UCAUAUAAAUAUAUAGAAAUUGUAAAUUACAGUAUAUCAAUUCACCGAGGCUUGCAGGCGUGUGCUGACCGCCGACUGUUUUAGAUAGAUACUGGCCCCAUCACUGACAUUCACACAUAAUCCAUUUAUCGUAGGUACAGCGCAAGGCAAACUUCGUUAUCCAUAGGCUGGUUUGCAACUUGCUCUUUUAGGCAGCGUGGCUUAUCAUUUGGAGUAGGUAGCGAGGCAGUAUUUGGCGGCUAGGCAAAUCGAUGACCCCCCCCCCGCUUCGCCUUACCGAACGAAACUCAUGAUAAAAGCUUCGAGAGAAGUCCUACAUAUCGCCUAAAUCUUGAAUAAUGCUUCUAAUUUAAAUCAGGAUAUCACUUGAUUAGCAAAUAUGACCAAAACAAGGCCCGCGCGCUGUUCAAUCCUCGAUAUAUAUGAGUGGGACAUUGGUCCAGGUUGGAGUCAGAGAACAGUCGACUUACACGAGAUUCUAUCGCACGAUUCAAAGGAAGAUGGAGUCACCGCAUCUCCUAGGCCCGCUAUCUGCAUCAUCUUCGCCAGUGCGAAUAUCAUCCGAAAAUGUGAGCUUUGUCGGGGCCAUUUCAUCGACAAGUUUAAGAUGCCGAAGGUGUGGUGGUCCGAUUACAGUAAGAAAUCGAACGGCUAUUUUGGCUGUCAACGCAGCCGCAGCCCUAAUGGUCAAGAGUCAUUUGACACAUGGACAUAUUUCGAGAUAAAGAAACUUGAACCAACUGCUAUUUAUAGCUGGUACAAGCUGAAUAUAUUUGUACGGUGGGAUGGGGAAAGUCAUCAGACUGUUGUUCUCGCCUUCGAUACCCCUUAUGACAUCGCGCAAAGCUUCCGGGAUCUACUCGUAGCUCCUGAUCCCCGUGAUCUUCACUCUCCAUUCUGGUUUUAUCCUCAUUUGCUGAGCGAGGUAGCUCGACAUCAAGAAGCUGCAGUAUGGGCAAUUCGCAACCAAGUGAGAGAAGUCGAAAAACAGACCCUCCCUCUAGGUAGGCCAAACCCCGACUAUAGAAAUUUACACGAUAUAGCGCGCCACGCCCUUCACGUUUCUGAGACACUGGAAGUCGCUGUCAAGACGAUAAAGAGCAUGCUGGAUCGGCAUAGGGACCUGUGGCCAUCACUCUCUGACUUCGAUGCGGAACAAGGCAUCCAUUCCCAGCUUCAGUUCUUUGAAAGCUACAUCAGCAGCUUGAGUUCCCGGUCGGCGUCUAACGAGAAACGUAUGCUCAACGAGAUUCAACUCGCCUUUAACACUGUCGCUCAGCAUGAUGCCAGCACGUCCGUUAAGAUCGGCCUUGCCACACAAGCGGACAGUCUCACCAUGAAAUCAAUCGCCCUCGUUACGCUUACAUUUCUCCCGCCCACUUUCGUGUCUGCUAUCUUUAGCAUGUCCUUUUUCGAUAACAGCACCGAGUCGGGAUGGGUCCUUUCUGAAAAAUUCUGGAUAUACUGGGUUUUCGCAAUCCCAACAACACUCUUCACAGUGGCCGCCUGGUAUUUCUUACAGAAGAAGUAUAGUGCCCCAGCGCCGUUAAGGGAAGAGAAAUUCCAUGCUCUCAAUAUUUCGAUAUCGCCCAACCAAUCCUUCGCCUAAUCCUGAAGAAAUGAGGUAUGCUCAAUCCCAACCGUCAGAACCUCAGGCUGCGACUAUCCCAUAGCAAUUAAUUAGCCCAACUCUCGCAUCAAAUUGGGAGUAGG